GUUAUAAAUGAUGGAUAAGCGAUAAAAACAAUUAAAUCUGAAGUUAUAUAACGACGCUCCACAACAAACCGUGUUUUCUGGAAAGACGUUUUCCAAAACCAGUGUAUCAAAAUGUCAGUUAUACUUGUGUUCCUUCUGGGAUUGUGUUUGGCGAGUGGUAGAAAUGUACCCUUUAAUGUGGAUAUUCAACAGAAAAUUGAUGCUUUCUUAGCCCAAAAUUAUGGCGAGAACGUCAUUUAUAGUGGUCGUAACAUGAUCACAGUUCCGCCGAACUGUCUUCCAGGACAGGCCUUGGUCAACGGCGUCUGUCGAGACAUCUGGAGAUCCAACGCAGUAACGGAGAAGAAUAUAAUUAAUCCCCGAAAUAUGGUGACGGUACCGACCAACUGCCCAGAUGGCCAGCAGCUAGUCAACGGCGUGUGCAGAGAUAUCUGGAGGAAUGCCGCUGUGACGCCAAGCAGUAUCCCAAGAAACAUGGUGACGGUACCCACUAACUGUCCAGACGGCCAACAACUAGUGAACGGAGUAUGUCGAGACAUUUGGAGAAAUGUCGCUGUGACACAAAGGAGUGUCAUCAGCCCCCAAAACGUGGUCACUGUGCCGACGAACUGUCCAGAGGGUCAAGAACUGGUGAACGGUGUCUGCAGAGAUAUAUGGAGAAACUUUGCAGUAACUCAAAGCAGUAUCCCGAGGAACAUGGUGACAGUGCCGACCAACUGCCCAGUCGGCCAGCAGCUGGUUAGCGGCGUGUGCCGGGAUAUCUGGAGAAGUGCCGCUAUCAGGGACAAACAAUAUUUAGAAAAUAUUCUCAAGGCACUCACGCAAGGAACGUACUACUCGAGAAACGUACGCCAAGCCGAUGGAGGCGAGAUCAGUAUAAGUGCUGACGAUAUACUAAGGAUGAACGUCGACCGGAACAUUAUAAGCGUACCCAACCAAUGCCCGGAUGGAUACAGACCAGACUCUUUUGGGAUCUGCCGUGAAAUCUUGCCAUAGAAAUGUGAUAAUCCGACAUAAGCAUAAUAUACAAUAUACAUAUACUUACCGAAUUAUAUUGUAACAUUAAAA